CAGAGCUACAUCAACACUGCGCCACCGCCACGAUGGCGCACCCGCGAGUUCCUCGCCUACUACGCCGUCUUCCUCGUCGUCGUACCGCAAAUGGUCCUCGCAGCGUGCCGCACCACUCGUCCGACGACCAAGCAGUACAUCAAGUACGGCCACCGCCUCAGCGACGGCUGGCUCCUCGGUUGGCGAGUAGACGUGACCGACGCCCAGUACCACCUCUUCCGCUCUCACCUCCCCCUCCUCGUCCUCCUCGCCCUCGUCCACCUCGCCUUCUCGCACGCCUUCCGCCUCGUCCUCUCGCGCUUCGUCAAUCCCUCGACCUAUGCGCCCGACUCGCCGAGAUACUCGACCGCGAAAGCGCGCACCGCCCGGGCGCGCUUCCUCGCCGUGUUCGCGCUCGUCCUCCUCGGCGCCCUGCACGGCUCGAGCCUCCCCAAGGUGCUCGCCAUCCUCUGGAUCAACUACCGCGUCGCCAUGCUCGGCGGUGCAGGGCAGGAGUGGGCCCCGUACGCGACCUGGAUCGUCAACCUCGUCAUCCUGUUCGCCAACGAGCUCUGCGGCGGGUACCACUACGCGUCCCUGCACUCAUCUCUCGCCUGGCUUGACGACUACGGCGGCCUCCUCCCGCGGUGGCACAUCAGCUGGAACAUCUCGAUGCUGCGCCUUAUCAGCUUCAACAUGGAGUACUACUGGGCGUUGCACCUGUCCCCACAGGCGUCAACCCGCACCCGCACUUCUCGCACCUCCACCUCGGCGCCCGUACCCGACCCUGCGCCCUCGGCCGGCAACUACACCUUCUCCCUCUACCUUGCCUACGUCCUGUACCCUCCCUUGUACCUCGCCGGCCCCAUCAUGUCGUACAGGUCAUUUGCCGACGAGCUGCGCCCGCUCGCGCUCGUCCUGUACGCCGUCCGGUUCGCGGCGUGCCUCUUGACGAUGGAGCUCGUCCUGCACUCGAUGUACGUCGUCGCGCUCAAGGACUCGGGCAAGGGCUGGUGGGAGGGCUUGGGCGCCAACGAGGUCGCCAUGGUCGGCUUCUGGAACCUCAUCGUCGUCUGGCUCAAGCUCCUUCUCCCGUGGCGCCUCUUCCGCCUGUGGGCCCUCCUCGACGGCAUCGUCCCGCCCGAGAACAUGGUGCGCUGCAUGGCCAACAACUACUCGACUCUCGGCUUUUGGAGGAGCUGGCACCGCAGCUUCAACGUGUGGAUCGUCAGGUACCUCUACAUCCCGCUCGGCGGCGCGUCACAGCCCGUCCUCGCGACGCUCGGCGUCUUCACGUUCGUCGCCCUGUGGCACGACCUGCGCCUGCGGCUCCUCGUGUGGGGCUGGGGCGUCACGCUCUUUGUCCUGCCCGAGAUGGUCGCGAGGAAGGUCGUUCCGGCGUCCAAGUUCGGCGCCAAGCCCUGGUACCGCCACCUCGCCGCACUCGGCGGCGUCUUCAACGUGCUCCUCAUGAUGACGGCCAACCUGAUUGGGUUCGUCGUCGGCGUCGACGGCGCCAAGGCGCUGUGGACCGUCAUGCUCGGCGGGUGGGAAGGUGCGUCUCGCAUCUCUCUCGCCUGCCUCUUCGUCGGCGUCCAACUCAUGUUCGAGUACAGG